AUGGCGGCGAAUCUGCCGAUGGAUAUCGUCGCCGAUGUCUUCCUCCGUCUCCCCGCUACUACCCUGGUCCGAUGUCGCCUCCUCUCGAAGCCUUGCUUCGCUCUUAUCAACAGUCCAGACUUCGUCGCGUCGCAUCUCAAACGCGUUCUCGAAACCGAAGAGCACCUCAUGAUCCUCCUCCGAUCUCAUCGCCUUCUACGUAGAUUGCACCUCGACGGACCGGAUAAACUCUCAGACGUCGACCAUCCGUUACUAACCGACGGUUUCACGAACGUUUUCGGUUCGGUUAACGGUUUAAUCGGUUUAACUAACUCUCCCGUUAAUUUAGCGAUUUUUAAUCCCUCAACGCGGACAAUCCACACCUUACCGGUUGAGCCUAUCGAUUUCCCGGAACGUUCCAUCACACGCGAGAAUGUUAUUUUCGGAUUAGGUUACGAUUCGGUGAGCGAUGAUUACAAAGUUGUUAGGAUGAUUAAGUCUAAGCACGAAGGCUAUUCUUUCGAACUGAAAGGUUAUCUUGUCGAAAUCAAAGUAUUCAGCUUAAAGAGUAAUAAGUGGAAGAGAAUCCAUCUUCGUUUUGAGCUUCAGGUUCUUUUCAUGAUGUACUAUUGCCAUGUGUUGUAUCGUCGUGGGAAUGGUGUUGUUGCUUGCAAUAGUCUUCACUGGGUUUUGCAUCGAAACCCUCUCGCCUUGGGAAAGAUAAUCAGAUUUGAUCUUGCCUCUGAUGAUAUUAGUGUCCUCAGUUACCCACUGGAGCUUUGCUUUCAAGUUAUGGGUUUAGGUGUGUUAGACGGUUGCCUUUGUUUGAUUUGUCACGACAGCCACAACGUCAGGAAUGGGCAUGUGGAUGUUUGGAUUUUGAGGGAGUAUGGAGGAGAGUGGAGUAAGUUCAUUACUCUGCCGAUACCAGAGACUGUGGUUUCGUUUAAGUUUGUGAGACCUCUGAUAUAUUCCAAGGACAGGAGGAAGAUUUUGCUUGAGAUAAACAAUGGGAAGCUCUUUUGGUUUGAUUUGGAGAGUAAGAGUUUUGAAAAGCUUGUGAUAAAGGGUUGUAAGGGUCCACGUAACGCGGAGAUCCUCGUGAGUAGCCUUGUUUUGGGAUGUAAAGGUGUUUCUGGCAGAGCUCCAGAAAAAAGUAACAAAAGUUGGUAUGCUCAUCUUUGUAGCCUUGUUUUGGGGAGUAGAGGUGAUCCUCGAGAAAAGGAAAUAAUGCUCAAGGGUUACAAAAGGUGGGGAGGUGGUUUUCUGUCCAAGGGAUUCAAGCUCAAGUAUGACAAAAGCAUGGGAACUUUGAAUCCCAAACCUUCGUCAAGGUACGCAGGGCGUAAGGUGGAAAGGAAAUGGCUUUAAGCAGCUUCAUCAAAUUCUAAUCCCAAAAUUAAGUCUAAGACUCUAAGUACUAAUUAGCUUAACCUAUGUAAUACAGUGUGCUUAGGUAGCCGUAGCUUCGUUUAAGUAUAGCAUGUUGCAGUAUAACUCAGUAGUUAGUUGCAUAUAUCAAAUCUAUAAAUCUAGUAAAAUUAUAUCUGGCUUCA